ACGGGUUGGGUGUGCGAUUCGUGCAUCAUUUGCAACAAAAGUGAUUUAUCAUCAAGCAGCUCAAAGGAGUAGCUGCGUCACAUUCACCCUCUCACGCUCGAUCGUCGACCCAAUGCUGCUACCGAUCGUGUAACGCUUAACGACGACGCCGGACUCCAAACGGCGAUCAUCACACACACACUCACACACCUAACCCUUCUGCACACAGUCACCACACACACUCACACACCUAACCCUUCUGCACACAGUCACGCACGCACACAACACGGGUACCUCAAGACGAUCCGCGGGGACGGACGGAAGUGUGAAGUGGGUGGCAGAGAGCGCGUUUUCCCGGAGAUAGAUUUUAUGAGUUUUUAACGAGGAUCCUUUGGACACACACACACACAAAGAUGGCCAAAUUCAGCGGGAAAAAGUGUCGCCUGUUGACGGUGAUGUCGUUGACGGUGUUUUUCUUCUUUGUCGAAAUCGUCGUCGGUUAUCUAACGAACUCGAUGGCCCUGGUGGCCGACAGUUUUCACAUGCUCGGUGACAUAGCGGCGCUAGUGAUUUCCUUCCUUUCGAUUAAGAUGUCACCAAAGAAGUGGUCGAAAAACACGUUCGGUUGGGCCCGGGCGGAAGUGCUCGGUGCAUUGGUGAAUGCAGUAUUCUUAGUGGCGCUCUGCUUCAGUAUUACUAUCGAGGCGUGCAAGAGAUUCAUCGAGGUAGAACAUAUCCACGAGCCAGAGCUGCUGAUUGCCGUCGGCGUGAUUGGACUGUUGGUGAAUCUGCUCGGACUUUGCCUGCUGCACAAGCAUGGUGGAGGACACAUUGGACAUUCGCACGGUGGUGGGCUGUCGCAGGCAAAGCAGAUAAGCGGUUCGCAUGGCAACCUGGGCAAUGCGGACGACAACGAAGACAAAUCAUUCAUGUAUCAGCAGAAUGGUACGGCGGCUAAAAAACCAUCCCACCAUGGACAUUCGCACGACUCGUCGCAGAUGAACAUGCGCGGCGCUUUCCUGCACGUGCUGAGCGAUGCACUCGGCAGUGUGGUCGUGAUCAUAAGUGCACUGAUUGUAAAAUUCACCGACUGGAAGUACAAACUGUACAUGGACCCGGCACUGUCCGUGCUGCUGGUGGCGCUCAUCCUCAACUCCGUGUGGCCGCUGCUGCGUGAGUCGGCGCUCAUACUGCUGCAAACCGUCCCGACGCACAUACAGGUCGAUGCGAUCCAGCGCCGCUUGCUCGAGAAGGUGGACGGUGUGCUGGCGGUGCAUGAGUUCCACGUGUGGCAGCUGGCAGGCGAUCGGAUCAUCGCGUCGGCUCACAUCCGGUGCCGCAAUCUGUCCGAGUACAUGAAGAUCGCCGAACGGGUGAAAGAGUUCUUCCACAACGAAGGCAUCCACUCGACCACGAUACAGCCCGAGUUUGUGGAGAUCGAGGCACUCAACAGCUAUUCAGGUUCGGACGGGUUUUCGAACAGCUUGAAUGGCAGUGCAACGCAGGACUGCUGCGCCCUAGACUGUCCGACGACGGAUGAGAGUAGUUGUAUCAAAGCUACAUGCUGCCAAAACAACAAUAACAUUAAGAAUCAACCAUCAUCACCAACCCCCUCACCCUUCUUAUGCCGCCAAAGGAGUUCCAGAAGCGGGAACGAUGUAGAAUCCGGUUCCCUGCUUGAUCAGCACAAUCAAACAGCAUCGAACGAUGAUGCGCUGCCAAAACUUACUGUCUGACAGACAAAUCCCUCAAACUGUAGCACCAAGAACCAUCAUCUAUCGGCAUCCCUCGGAACGCGCACUACCGGCGAGCGACAACAGGCGAACGGAAUCGUGACUGGCAAGGGUGGCCAAGGAAAGGAAACGGCUGCGGCGGCGGGUAACAGGAGUCAGGUGGAAUCCAAGCAACCGAUUCCGGUGGACGACAACGCUCCCGGUAGGAUGCUGUUGAACCUGCAAUCUAGUAGACUGUAUCGCACGCGUCGCCAUGGUGGUGAUGGGAGCGUUGCUCAGAGUGUGGUGCUUGAUCAGCAACCAUCCAAUCCACUACUUCCACCACAAUCGAACGAAACGGAUCCUUCGUCCGGUAAUUCGGCCGCUCACACCGCCACCAACACGCCAAGAUUGUACAGCGGUUUGGGCGCAAUGCCACCGGCCUGCAGCUUGUUGGAGAGCUACGUUACCGGAACCGGGUCGCCGUUGCGUAAUCUGUACUGCCAGUGCAAGCACCAUCACCACGCGAUACAGUGAACAUCAUCCAGUGGUUGCUGGCAGGAGUAAAAUCUUAUUUGAGCGUUUUGUGGCCGUUGAUUUUUUUUUUGUAGGGACUAUACCAAGAAUCGGCUCGAAAACCUGUCGCCACGGUAAUGGAUGGAGUUAUGAAUUAUGAGAAGUUCGUUUACAAAUUGUUGAUAGUAGUUUGUCACUUUUAUCCUUCUCAACGGAAGGAUCCCGGAGACGCCCAGAAGAGCAGGAGCAGAAGCUGAUGGACAUUCAAAUCGUUGCCUUUGUUUCAAGAAGAGAGAGAGAGAGAGUGAAGAGAACGUUACUUAUUUAGUGCGAAAUCCCAAGUUGUGUGUUGAGCUGAGUUGCAUACCUUCCCCCCCACAGGUACGGCAUUAAUUAAUCUAUAGAGUGAGACAAGCGGACAAACAGAUAAAACCAGUAGGAAAGAGAUCCAAGAGAAUAGUUUUUACACUAUACAUAUUUAGUAGAAGCCUACUUAAGGAAACAAAAGCGUCCGCUCUGCUGCGCGGCGAUGAUGGCGUGCGGGCGGGUUUUUAAUAUUUUUCCCCCUAUUCCGCCGUUUCCGUUCCGUUUGAAAUCCGCAGCAAGUGUUCUUAUUUGCCGGGUGAACAAAAUGGUAAUUGUAGUCGGAAAAAAGAGAGAGAAGAGAGCGAGAGAGAGAUUUUAAUAACGAAUUUCAUAGCUGCAGAUGAUGAUGUGGUGUGGUGCUCUGGGCUCAAACUAUAUCCUGUUGUACUGUUUGUGUACCCUAUUACAUGUAUAUCGCUAUAUUUAUCGUUUAGAUGGUUACUCUACUCUAACUAUAGCUUCCUGGUUAAGCGGUCCGGGCCGCCAGAAAAGCUGCGGUACAGACUGAGGGCAAGUGUGUUACGUUACUGGAGCUUAGUUUUACAAGCGUGUAAUACAAACGUACAAGACACACGCCGAUCGUUGAGAAGCGAGCAUCGGAUUUUAGCGUGUAAUGAAAGGCGUUGUGAAGUUAUCUUUUACACUGCACGCCGGUAUACACACCCGGGCGCUUUGUAACAAUCGGUGAACGAGGGGAUUCGAUCGAUUCCUGCUGUUUUUUCGCUCAGUCUCGAUACAAAAGCAAAAUUAGAACAUCGUUUGGAUGGGAAGUGGGUACAAUCAAGAGACAUCUCUUUUCUGUAUGCAAUGAAGAGAAAGAGAGAAAAUCAGAAGCAUCGCACGUUUACUUAAUCGUACCCGAAAGCACACUUGGGUGCAUGAUGAUGAAUGAUAAUGAUGGUCCGUUUUAUUGUGAGUGAAUCGUUGCACCUCCGGUGGAACACAGUAUUGCAAGUGUAUUAACCAAUUUCUUCUGUUUUUGUACAAGCGAGCGAUUGCGUCCGUUUUAAUGAUGGUACGAGGGUGAUGCGGCUCACAGCAAAACGGCGGCGUGCAAUCGACAAAUGAAAAAUCAAAACAACAAACACAACAAUUAACAUUAACAACAAUUAUAUUCCACCUCAAACUACAAUAUGAUGCCGAUGAUAAUGAUUGUUUGUAUUAGUGAAAUGAAUGCACACGAUUGUUUAUGCAUGAAGAAGGUGCAGAAAGCAUAGUAUAGUAAAAUAUUGCAGAACAAAGUAAGGAUAACGCGAAACUUUAUCUAGAAAUGAUAGACAACAAUUCAGCGGAAGAAAGCAAAACAAAGCAAACAAUUGUUUCUCCCAUCGUCCUUCUCUCGCUCGAGAAAGCAAAGGCAGGUGAACAAAACAACAAAACAACCAACACUAGGAUAAUUUUAAACACGAUGAACACAUGGGUAUGAUGGCGUACAGGCGGGAUUGGAGCAUGUGUGCGCCUUAUAGUGCUUGCUAGCCCUUUGUCUGGCCACGCAAUCGAAGCAAUUUGAAGUGGAUGGACGAAACAACACCACCCCCCAACAUUUGAAGUACACAACCACACACAAACACAUAGAAGUUACUACUGGUCAAUAGAAUUUGCAUAGUGGGCGCAUACCGCAAUAAAAGAAGUGCGAAUAAAAUAGCUGGCAUAUUGAAAUGGAA